AUGGUAGAAAUGAAAUUUCAACCAUCAAGGGAUAGAUAUCAUCCAUACUCUCAACCUGAAAGGUCCACCUUCAGAUCAGAUAAGGGAAGAAGUGGUCCUGGCCCCAAUGCAGCAGUAAGUGACAGACGAAGCAAUCGCGUUAUUGUAGUUGUGAUCGAUCGUAUUGAAGGUGUGAGACUACUGCGAAUCGACCCCUCGCAACGGGAUCCAAACCUGAUAUGUGAAUACCAUGGUACUCAUGGGCAUCAGACUGACAAUUGUAAAAGGCUAAGGGAUGAAGUGGCACAAAUGAUAAAGAAUGGUCAUCUCCAAGAGCUCCUGAGUGAACGGGCAAAGAAUCAUUUCAAAAACAGGGAAACCAGUAAGAGGACCGAACCCGAGAAACCCCAGCAUGUGAUCAACAUGAUCAUCGGUGGUGCAGAAGUACCCCAAGGCCUAAUGUUGAAAAAGACAAAGUUCUCAAUCACUCAACAGAAGAGGACCAGGGAGUAUGUACCAGAUGGAAUUAUCUCCUUCAGCAAUGAAGACGCGGAGGGCCUCAUUCAACCACACAAAGAUGCUUUGAUUUUACCAACGGUCUGGGUCCUCAACAGGUUUAAUAUGGCUUGUGAAACUACCAAAGGCAAAAUCUCUCUACCAGUAAAUGCUGCCGACAUUGAUCAGUACACAAAGUUUUAUGUCAUUGAUGGAGAGAUGAGAUGCAAUGCCUUGCUUGGAAGGCCCUGGUUACACAUCAUGAGGGCGGUACCCUCGACCUUGCACCAGUUGCUGAAACUCCCAACCCCGGAGGGAGUGAAAAUCACCCAUGGAGAGCAACCAGCAGCAAAAGAAAUGUUCGCGGUUGAAAAAGCAGUUCAAACACUAAAGAUAACCAUGCACGAGGAUGUGUACGAAGAUAAAAAUACCAAAUAG